GCAACUUUGCUAUCUUCUCCUGAGCUCGAUACUCUCGGAUUAAGAGCUGCACGUUGAAUUCUACCUCCAAAAAGCCCAGCAUGGCAACAAUCGACGCAAGCGCCAUCAAGGGCCUCAAGGCUGAGAUUGACAAAGUCACCAGUAACCCGGAUGGAGCAGGUGGCAUUGUUUACUGCGCCGUGAACAAGAAUGGCGAUCUCAUCUUUGAGCACGCUUCUGGCAAACUCGGGAAAGGAAGGCCAGAGCCUAUGACCAAAGAUACCGUUUUCUGGAUCGCCUCGUGCACGAAGAUGAUUGUUGGAAUUGCUUGUAUGCAGCUUGUUGAGCAGGGACAGUUGGCGCUUGAUGAUGUGGAGUUGGUGGAGAAGAUUGCUCCUGAAUUGAAAGCCGUACAGGUCCUUGAAGGUGGGAAGUUGGUGCCAAAAAAGAGGGGGAUUACUUUGAGAAUGUUGCUCUCACAUACCGCUGGUUUCGGGUACUCGUUCUUUAACGAACGCCUCAAUGAUUUCUACGGCGCUACUGGCCUCGAUGAAUUUACCGGGAAUGGGUUUGACGUCUUUACCCAACCUCUGGUCAACCAACCAGGGUCAAGAUGGGAAUAUGGGAUCAACAUUGACUGGGCCGGAAUACUGGUGGAGCGCGUCUCGGGGCUUUCGCUCAAUGACUACUUCCAGAAGAAUAUCUUCAAACCGAUGGGACUUCAGGCCAUCAACUUCUUCCCGACAGAUCACAUGAAGCAGAACUUAGCGUAUAUGCACGCUCGUGCCCCUGAUGGAAAACUGUCAUUGAGGCUCAAUGGCCAAUUGCUUCGAAAGCCCCUCACGGCGAAGACCCCAGAGGAAAUCAAGGCGACUUUCAACACUGGUGGUGCAGGAUGUUUUGCAAAACCUGCAGAAUACUGCCAGAUCAUUGCAACCUUGUUGAAUGAUGGCGUUCACGCGAAGAGCGGACACCGAAUCUUGAGGAAGGAGACCGUGGACCAGAUGUUUACCAAUCAGAUCCCUGACUUCCCUGACUUCGGGCGUCAGGGGAUCCAUCCGCCAAAGCCAGACUAUUCGAACCCUCUUCCGGAUUUGUACCCACAAGGCGACUUGCCUCAAGGAUGGGGAUUGACCUUCUUCUUGGAUCAACACCCUGGCGCGACUGGUCGUUCUGGCAGCACCGGGUGGUGGGCUGGCUUGCCAAAUUUAUUCUGGUGGGCUGAUAGAGAGAACGGAUUGGGUGGGAUGAUCGCGUCGCAGAUUCUACCUUUUGGCGAUGGACAGGUGAUGGGACUGUGGGGAGCUGUUGAAGCUGGCCUCUAUCAGGCGUUGAAGAAGUAGGGCAUUCGUGCCAGAAAUCCUGGUUGCGUGACUUUACUGGUGAGCCUCUUGUACGUUCGUAUAUUUGGCUUUGUAGUUCAAGAAAGAAGUAUCCUCGCAUGGGUC